CUAAGGGGAAUUGCUAAAGUACUAGUUAUCCUAAAUUCCUUCCGGCGGUGGCGGCGAUAGACUUCGCCGGCGACUUCUCAACCCUGACUUCGCAUGAUCUUCAACAUUAUCGUUUAUAAUUCUGCAUGUACUCUUCUACAACUCCUCUCCAUUUCAUCUUCUACAAAUUGCAUCGCAAAACCCUAACAGAAACCUCCGUCAAUUCCCGCCGUUCCGGCAUUGCAUUGGCGAUGAAGGACCGGCCGUCAAUUCCGUCCUCAAAAUUUGGUGUAUAUGUUCCCCCUCACCAGCGUCUCCGUUCAGUCAUCACCUCGUCUAAUAUCUCUUCAUCUGGUCCUGUCGUUGAUAUCUCAAUGACAGCUACCAAUCACAAAAGCAAUAGCUCGACUAGUACUAGGGUUAAUAGUUCUUCCCAGUCUUAUUUGCAACAAAGCAACUACACACAGCAACAACCGCAGAAGAGAAACUCGCCGUAUGAUUCAGUUGACGGUUUAUCUGAGGAAGGUUCUGACCGUGAUUUGCAGUAUUUUUUCAAUCCCGGUUCCUCUGCAUCUGAUUAUAUAUAUGGCUGGAAAUGUAAGUUAACUUCACUUGUACACAACAAGGACAAAGAAGAAUUGAUCUCAAGGGAUAAGAGAGACAGACGAGAAUAUGAUCAAAUAUCAUCUUUGGCUAGCAAGAUGGGCUUGUACAGCCAGAUAUAUGCAAAAGUUGUUGUUGUUAGUAAGGUACCACUUCCAAACUAUAGGUUUGACCUGGACGAAAAGCGUCCUCAAAGAGAGGUAAUCAUACCUCCCAGCUUACAAACAAGAGUGGAGUUCUCCCUUGAAGAAUAUAUUUCUCAAAAGUCUGGAAGUGUAGAUGGCUUUCGAGAUAGUGCCUUUUCAAGAUCAAACAGCAGCAGCAGUAUUGCUACUGACGAGGGGUUCUUUGAGCAACCAGAGCCACUUCCACAGAGUAAAUCUGCCAUGGAAAAGGUUCUUUUGAUAAGAAGCUUGCAAAUGCGUAGUCAGCAAGAAACUUGGCAGGAAUCUUUAGAAGGUAGAAAAAUGCUGGAACAACGUAGAGCUCUUCCUGCUUACAAGGAGAAAGAUGCAUUAUUAGCAGAGACCUCAAGAAACCAGGUUGUAAUCAUCUCUGGUGAAACUGGGUGUGGAAAAACUACACAGAUUCCUCAAUUCAUUUUAGAAUCUGAAAUUGAAAAUGGUAGAGGAGCUCAAUGCAAUAUUAUAUGUACUCAGCCACGACGAAUAUCUGCUAUGUCUGUUUCAGAAAGGAUAGCUGUAGAGAGGGGAGAGAAAUUGGGUGAGACGGUUGGGUAUAAGGUUCGACUUGAAGGCAUGAAAGGGAGGGACACACACCUCUUGUUCUGCACUACUGGCAUAUUGCUGCGAAGAUUACUCAAUGAUCGGAAUUUGAAAGGCAUAACCCAUGUUAUUGUGGAUGAAAUUCAUGAACGUGGAAUGAAUGAAGAUUUUCUUCUCAUUGUUCUCAAAGAUCUUCUUCCUCGUCGUCCUGAACUGAAGUUGAUUUUAAUGAGUGCCACAUUGGAUGCAGAGCUUUUCUCAUCUUACUUUGGUGGGGCUCCAGCUUUUCAUAUUCCGGGCUUUACAUUUCCUGUUCAAACUCAUUUCAUGGAAGAUAUUCUAGAAAUGACUGGAUAUAGAUUGACAACAUACAACCAAAUAGAUGAUUAUGGUCAGGACAAGACAUGGAAAAUGAACAAGCAAACUCCAAGGAGGAGAAAGAGCCAAAUUGCCUCUGUCGUAGAGGAUGCAUACAAAUCUGCUGACUUUAAGGAUUACAGCCCUGAAACCCAAGGGUCAUUGUCGUGCUGGAAUCCUGAUUGCAUCGGUUUUAACCUCAUUGAGCAUCUAUUGUGCAAUAUAUGCAAGAAGGAAACCCCUGGUGCUGUUCUAGUCUUUAUGACUGGCUGGGAUGAUAUAAAUUCUCUGAAGGAAAAGCUCCAAGCCAAUCCUAUCUUGGGGGAUACAAGUAGAGUUUUGUUGCUUGCAUGCCAUGGUUCCAUGGCUAGUGCAGAACAGAGAUUAAUAUUUGAUGAGCCCAAAGAUGGAGUAAGGAAAAUAGUUCUUGCCACUAAUAUUGCAGAGACAAGUAUUACAAUCAAUGAUGUGGUUUUUGUCAUGGACUGUGGAAAAGCCAAGGAGACAUCAUAUGAUGCACUUAACAACACUCCUUGCCUACUUCCUUCCUGGAUCUCUAAGGUCUCUGCUCAACAAAGAAGAGGAAGAGCUGGACGUGUUCAACCAGGAGAGUGCUAUCAUCUUUAUCCCAGAUGUGUAUAUGAUAGUUUUGCUGAGUAUCAGCUGCCAGAAAUUUUAAGAACACCAUUGCAGUCACUUUGUCUGCAAAUCAAGAGCUUAAAGCUUGGGAGUAUUUCUGAUUUCCUUUCCAGGGCCUUGCAAUCACCAGAGUUAUUAGCGGUUCAAAAUGCUGUGGAGUAUUUAAAGACUAUUGGUGCUUUAGAUGAGAAUGAAAAUCUCACUGUUUUAGGACGUUACUUGAUAAUGCUUCCUAUGGAGCCAAAACUUGGGAAAAUGCUUGUUCUGGGUGCUAUAUUUUAUUGCCUUGAUCCAAUUUUAACAAUUGUUGCAGGUCUGAGUGUUAGGGAUCCAUUCCUCUCACCCUUAGACAAGAAGGAUCUGGCAGACGCAGCAAAAGCACAAUUCUCUAAUGAAUUCAGUGACCACCUUGCCCUUGUCCGUGCAUAUGAGGGUUGGAAGAACGCUGAAAAGGACCUAGCUGGAUAUGAGUACUGCUGGAAGAAUUUUCUUUCCGUACAGUCCAUGAAAGCUAUUGAUGCCCUUAGAAGGGAAUUCUAUUCUCUGCUAAAAGAUACUGGCCUCGUUGACAGCAACCCAACUACCUGGAAUGCAUGGAGUUAUGACCAGAAUCUUCUCCGAGCUGUUAUUUGCUAUGGCCUUUACCCUGGCAUUUCCUCCAUUGUGCACAAUGAGAAGUCUUUCUCAUUAAAAACAAUGGAGGAUGGUCAGGUGCUUUUGUACUCUAAUUCUGUCAAUUCCCGGGAAACUAAGCUUCCAUUUCCAUGGCUUGUUUUCAAUGAGAAGAUCAAAGUGAACUCUGUUUUUCUCCGCGAUUCAACAGCUGUUUCUGAUUCCAUCCUCCUCCUGUUUGGCGGAAGUAUUUCCCAAGGAGACGUGGAUGGACAUUUGACUAUGUUGGGAGGAUAUCUGGAGUUCUUCAUGAAACCUGCAGUAGCAAAAAUGUAUCAACAGUUGAGAAAAGAGCUUGAUGAACUAAUUCAACUCAAAUUGUUGAAUCCAAGGAUGGACAUUCAUACAUACCAUCAUCUAAUAACCGCCAUGAGGCUGAUGAUCUCAGAAGACCGAUCCGACGGUAGAUUUGUAUUCAACCGUCAAUUACUACAACAACAAGAACAACAACAAUCUAAGCCAACCUUAUCAUCCUGCCCGCCUCCAUCCUGGCCAUCAAGAAGCGAGAACGGACCAGGGGGAGACAAUUCGAAGAGUCAACUCCAAACCCUAAUAACAAGAGCAGGAUACAAUGCUCCAUCUUAUAGAACAACUCAACAAAAGAAUAAUCAGUUUCGAGCUGUUGUAGAGUUUAACGGGAUGCAGAUAAUGGGUCAGCCUUGUAAUAACAAAAAACAAGCCGAAAAGGAUGCUGCAGCCGAGGCUUUAGUAUGGUUAAUGGGAGGUAACCACCAAAGGGGACUUGAUUCUAUUGAUCAUGUUUCUAUGAUGCUCAAGAAAAGCAAGAAGGAUCACGGCUAACAUCCCCGAGUGCGUGUAAACUUUAAAAAAAAUAGAUAGCGAUUGUUUUGCUAGCGAUUGGGGCUAAAAAUGUUGGUUUAUUAUUUGGAGAAAGAGAUGAAUUUCUAUGACUUUUUUUUUACUGUUUUUGGUAUAUAGAAAUUAGGAGAAACAACUUAAUAAUAAUAAUAAUGGAGAGAAUUGAUUUUGAAGUUAAAAAAGACAAAUGGAAGAUAUAAAAAUGAGCUGAAAAGAAAAUGUCAAAAAUCAAACCUUUAGGUGAAUGGAUAUAAAAUGUUUUGAUGACUCUUUGAACUU